CAGAUUUUAUAUGCGACACCGCUUACCUAACUCGCAUGCGAAAUGGAAAAAACAACAGAAAAUGAGAAAGAAACUGAGUUUGAAGAGGUAAAGAAUGGUGACGAGGCCCGUGUUGAGGAAACAAAUGCUGAGGAAGGUGAAACACAAAAGAAGAAGAAAAAGAAACGGAAAAAGAAGAAAGGAGAUGAAGAGGCCCCACAAGUUGAUGUGAACAAUGUCACAAAUAAAUUAGAAGAGCAAAAAAUCGCAGAGAGUGCGGAAGUGGAAGGUGCAGAAGGCGAAGAUGGAGAGAAAAAGAAGAAAAAGAAAAAGAAGAAGAAAGGAGGUGGUAAGCAGCAGACAGUUCCCCCCUCAAUUCCAAUAGCAGAGCUAUAUGCAGAUGGUACCUUCCCUGAGGGAGAAAUUUUGGAACAUCCCAUUGCAGCUAAUAGUCAGACAGCGAAAGAUCGAUUUACAAGUGAAGAAAAAAGAGCUCUAGAUAGGGCUAACAAUUACCUUUAUCAAGAAGUGAGACUUGCAGCAGAGGCUCAUAGACAGACAAGACAGCACAUGCAGAGCAUAAUAAAGCCUGGAAUGACAAUGAUUGAAAUUUGUGAAACACUAGAAGGUAUUGCGAGGAAACUGAUUGGUGAAAAGGGUUUGGAGGCUGGACUGGCUUUUCCUACAGGCUGUUCAUUGAAUCAUUGUGCUGCUCAUUACACACCAAAUGCUGGGGACCCCACAGUUCUACAAUACGAUGAUGUGUGUAAGAUAGACUUUGGAACGCACAUAAAUGGUCAUAUCAUUGAUUGUGCAUUCACAAUGACCUUUAACCCGAAGUAUGACAAACUACUGGAGGCUGUGAAGGCUGCCACAAAUACAGGAAUUAGGGAGGCAGGGAUAGAUGCGAGACUGGGUGAAGUUGGUUCAGCGAUACAGGAAGUCAUGGAGUCAUAUGAAGUAGAACUAGAUGGAAAAACAUACCAAGUGAAGUCGAUACGCAACCUUAAUGGUCAUUCCAUUGGUCCGUAUCGAAUACAUGCAGGAAAAACUGUACCUAUUGUUAAAGGGGGAGAACAAACAAAAAUGGAGGAAAUGGAAUUCUAUGCUAUAGAAACUUUCGGUAGUACUGGACGAGGUGUUGUUCAUGAUGAUAUGGAAACUUCUCACUACAUGAAGAAUUUUGAAGUUGGACAUGUACCUUUAAGGUUACAGAGAGCUAAAACCCUGCUGAACACAAUCAAUCAGAAUUUCGGGACGUUAGCAUUCUGUCGUCGCUGGUUGGAUCGUUUAGGAGAGUCGAAAUACCUCAGGGGUUUAAAAAACCUAUGGGUUGGCAUACUGGACCCACCACCUCUUUGUGAUAUCAAGGCUUUUAUACAGCCAUUUUUAGCAUCCCUUACUUUUUGGGCCAACGCAAAAAAUUACCACCGAGGCAUGAUUUUUGAACCCCCAUACCCCUUACCAAGAGUCUCCACAGUGUAG